AACAAUAACAUAACCUUAUUAUUGAAACAGCUGUUUUUUAUUUUAUAAUAUAAAAUUAAAUAGCUCUUUUUUUAUAAAUUUUAUACUGUUAAUAAUUAUUUUUUAACAAUAUUAUUAUAAUGUUAAUAUUAUUUUUACAAACUAAAACAGUCAAAGACGUUUAAUGCAAAUGACAUUUUACGAAAAAAAAAAAAAAUUAAAUAUAUUUAGUCAUUACGUAUGUCGCGGUGUAUACACUCAAAGAAAAAUAUUAUUAUUCAUUAUAAUAUUAUUAUUUUGUCAAAGAGAGACCUGUCAGCUGGCUUUCUUUAUUUUUGUGUUGUUGUUAUGAUUAUUUCUCGAAUGGGUUAACUUCGAUUUGAGAGAGCCAAGAGAGAGAGAGAGGUAUUUAUUUAUUAUUUUUUUUUUUGACAAUUUGACAUAUAAAAACAUGGCGGCAUCCAUGAGUGAAUCUUCAGAUGGACGUAAUAUUUGUAAAAUAUGUAUUAUCGGUGGUGGAAUGGCUGGUUUAUCUGCUGCAAAUCAUUUAUUAAAAAACAACGAAACUGAUUUUAUAAUUGUCGAAGCGAGGAAUAGAAUUGGUGGUCGUAUUAUUGCAAUCGAAAUUGGUGGUGAAAAAGUUGAACUUGGAGCAAAUUGGAUUCAUGGUGUUUUGGGUAAUCCAAUAUUUGAACUUGCAAUGGCAAAUGGUCUAAUUGAUAUUGUUAGAAUUCCAAAACCUCAUAAAGUUGUAGCUGCAAUGGAAGAUGGUAAACAAUUACCAUUUCCAAUACUUCAAGAAAUUUAUGAGGCAUAUAUAUGUUUUUUACGUAGAUGUGAAGAAUAUUUUUUAAGUUCAUAUAGUCCACCAGAAGGUAUUAAUAGUGUUGGUGCACAUGUUGCACUUGAAGCUGAACUUUAUUUAUCAUCAUUACCACCAGAAAAACGUAGAAUACGACAAUUAUUAUUUGAUUGUUUAUUAAAACGUGAAACAUGUAUUACUGGUUGUGAUAAUAUGGAACAAGUUGAUUUAUUAGAAAUGGGAUCAUAUGCUGAACUUCAAGGUGGUAAUAUAUCAUUACCUGGUGGUUAUUCAACGAUUCUUGAACCAAUUGCAAAACACAUUCCAAAAGAUAGAAUUUUUUUAGGUACACCAGUAUCAAAAAUAAGAUGGCAAACUAAUGAAGAAAUUAAUAUAACUAGUAAUAAUAUUAAUAAUAAAGAUAGUUGCAUAGAAGUAACAUGUGAAAAUGGUAAAAAAAUAAUUGCUGAUCAAGUAUUAUGUACUUUACCAUUAGGUGUAUUAAAAGAAAAUGGUAAAAAAAUAUUUGAUCCAUUAUUACCAAAUGAAAAAUUAGAAGCAAUUGAUAGAUUAAUGUUUGGCACUGUUGAUAAAAUAUAUUUGGAAUAUGAAAGACCAUUUUUAAAUCCUGGUGUAUCAGAAGUUAUGUUGUUGUGGGAUGAUAGAGGUUUAACAGAUGAUGAACGUAAUGAUUUAAGUAAAACAUGGUUUAGAAAAAUAUAUUCAUUUACAAAAAUAUCAGAAACAUUAUUAUUAGUAUGGAUAUCUGGUAAAUCUGCUGAAUUUAUGGAACAAUUAAGUACAGAUGAAGUAUCAGAUACAUGUACAAAAAUAUUACGUAGAUUUUUAAAUGAUCCAUUUGUUCCUGCACCUAAAAAAUGUGUUAGAACAUCUUGGCAUUCACAACCACAUACACGUGGUUCAUAUACAUCAAUGGCUGUUGGUGCUAGUCAAAUUGAUAUUGAAACAAUUGCUGAGCCAAUAUUUGCAUUUGAUAAUGAUAAAAAAAUAUCAAUUGCAUUUGCUGGUGAACAUACACAUUCUUCAUUUUAUUCAACUGUUCAUGGAGCAUAUUUGACUGGUCGUACUGCUGCACAGAGUCUACUUGAUUCACGUCAAAAUGAUAAUAACGAACACAGUAUUGAUUGUGAAGAUACUAGUGAUCUUAGCUCUUGGAUUCAAGGAAUUUCUUUGAAUUAAAAUUCCAAAUAGAAUUUUUCAAUUUUAAAGUACUUUUUUUUUUUUUCUUUUGUAUAUAUCGUCAUUAUUUUUCGCUUUUACAAUGUACAUAUUGAUAUUUAUCAUUUUUAGAAUUUUUUUUUUAAAGUAUUUUUUUCUUUUUAAAUAUUAUUAAUAGACUUUACUACUCACGAUUUUUCAAUCUAGUCACAAAACAAAAAAAAAAAAAAAUGUUAAUUUGCAAUGAAAAUAACACGUGUAUUUAAUUGCAUUGUUAUUAUUUUUGACAUUUUUUUUUAUUUAUUUUUGAAAUCAGUGGGCAUUUUGCCAAAAAAUUUUGCACAAUGUUUUUUUGUAUUACUUUGUUGGCAAAUAUUUUUUUUUUUUUUUUUUAGAUUAACGUGACGCAAAAAUACACAAACCAAAGUGAUUUUAACGUUGCAAAUAUACUGUUAGAUAUUUGAAAAAACAAAAAAGAAAAAUAAAAUUACAGAAAAAAAAAAAAAUAAU